GUUAGUUGCAGCUCGGUGUCUUAAAAUGGAACUUAUGUGGGAGUAAUGAGUCCGUGACUUUCGUCGGCGCGUUGUUUUCGGUCCCUUUCGCAGGCAUCGAACUUGUUGGACUAACUAUGUCGCCUUUAUGUCAAGUGAUAAUCAUGCAGAUGAUUUAGAUAUGGAAAUAUUGGAGCAAAUGUGUUAAAUCUAUGGAGGGAUUCGAUAAUACGUAGCCGAGCGGCCAGCUCCAGAGUCCCCGAGCUUUUCAAGAACUUGUCCAAGAUCGGCUGUCAAGAAUCAUGGAUUGUUUUCAUCUGCCUUGUUUUCUGUCAAGACACCAUGAUUCCUGGUAACCGAAUGCUGAUGGUAAUUUUAUUAUGCCAAGUCUUACUGGGAGGUAGUGCUAGUCUAAUACCAGAGGAAGGAAGGAAAAAGUUUGCGGAACAAAACCAGGCGGGUGGACGUCGCUCUCCGCAAAACCAUGAACUGCUGCGGGAAUUCGAGGCCACUUUACUCAAUAUGUUCGGACUCCACCGGCGCCCGCAGCCCAGUAAAUCUGCCGUGGUUCCCCAGUACAUGCUGGAUCUCUACAGACUCCAGUCUGGGGACGAGGUCACCCACGACAUCAGCUUCGAAUAUCCCGAGAGAUCCACCAGUCGGGCCAACACCGUGAGGAGCUUCCACCAUGAAGAACACUUGGAGCUGAUGCCAGGACAGAGAGAAGGCACCCAACUUCGUUUUGUGUUUAAUAUCAGCGCGGUGCCCGAGAAUGAGGUGCUGUCGUCGGCAGAACUGAGGCUGUACCGAGAGCAAAUCGACACCGUUUUGAACUGGAACGAGGGUUUCCACCGCAUCAAUGUUUAUGAAAUCAUGAGAACCCCCAGCGAGAAGGGCGACCUCAUCACGAGACUCCUAGACACCAGACUAGUCCACCAGAACAGGACACGAUGGGAGAGCUUUGACGUGAGCCCGGCAGUGCUGAGGUGGACUUUGCAUAAACAACCCAACCACGGGCUGGCUGUCGAGGUAAUAAACCUGAACGAAACGAAAAGCCGGCAAGGUAUGCACGUGAGGAUUAGCAGGUCGCUGCACCAGCGGAACGGCGACUGGUCCCAGUUCAGACCCUUGCUCGUAACUUUCAGUCACGAUGGCAAAGGACACGCUCUGGUCCGGAGGGUGAAACGUAGCAGCAAAGGCCAAAAACGCAAGAAAAACAGAUCGCACUGCAGGAGGCACUCUCUGUAUGUGGAUUUCAGCGACGUGGGCUGGAAUGACUGGAUAGUGGCACCGCCUGGUUACCAGGCUUUUUACUGUCACGGGGACUGCCCGUUUCCACUGGCAGAUCACCUGAACUCUACUAAUCACGCUAUCGUGCAAACUCUUGUAAAUUCUGUAAAUUCCAACAUCCCCAAGGCUUGCUGUGUCCCUACAGAACUCAGCCCUAUAUCAAUGCUCUACUUGGACGAAUACGAUAAAGUUGUUCUGAAGAACUAUCAGGAGAUGGUUGUAGAGGGAUGUGGGUGUCGCUGAAAAAAAUAAUAAUUGACUUUUUAUAAUGUCUGGACACUAUUUGUAACAGGCGUUCGCCAUUACAUUAUUUAUGACCUAUGUGCAAAUGUUGACCAUAUGAUCAUAUAUUUUGACAAAAUAUAUUUAUAACUACAUAUAAAAGGAAAAUAAAAUUGAGUCAUAUUUUAAACAUAAGACAUUUCUGUACAACGUUUUUGUAAAAUUAUAUUAGAAUGUAUGGAAAAUAUAAUUAAUGUUAAUUAUUUAUUAUUUCCCCAUUUGGGAUUAACUACGAUGUGCAGAGUUUGAAAUCUAGGCAGAGCACUUAAUAGCUUCUUUUAUUCUCUAAAGGAAGUGCUUUAAGUGGUGCAAUUCAUUUGUUAAAGAAGCUAAUUUGUAAAAGGUGUGAAUGGAGGAUAACAGAUGUAUAUGAAAAAUGGAACAAGACCAGUGAUGAAAUAAUUGGUGUAAAUAGGUAAUUGGUUCACCAAAAGAGAGCUUGAAUAUCUAUCCCGAAAGAGAAGAAUCCCGUUGAAAAGAAAUGCUGAGAAAUUACACAUCCAAAUGACUGAUCUGCUUUCCUCUUUUCAUCCAUGAUUGUCAUUCAGUGCAUUGGCAUCUCAGAUCCUGUGACAGGAAAGUAUUGAAGGAGAUCAAAAAUUGCUUUGGGUUUUCCAGAAGUUGCAUCCUUGUUAAAAGUCAAUCCACUUGUACUUAAACAAUCUUUAAACAGAAUUUCAACCGUGAUUAAACUUAUAUUUGUUGAAUUCCCUUUUCAAUAACAGUACAUUUGUCACCAGGGCUUACUGUAUUACGAUGUUUACCCUUCCAUCUGUCCUCUUCUUUCCCUCCCCCAUCACUAUGACUAAGAAGUUUUGCCUCCAAGCAAUUCAUUGUCAAACGAACUGAAGGAAGGCAGCGAGAGGGUUAGCAGAUGUUAAUCAAGGCUGCACGAAGGCUUGACUUUUUUUUUGGGAGAAUUUGAAAUGAAGACUGGUUAGGCCCAAAAGGGAUCCAGCAGGCUUUAAAACUCAAAAGAAAUCUGCAAGAAUUGCCUAAGCCUGCGCUCCCUGGAGUGUGCAGGUGGAGAGAGCAGAUCAGACCAGACCCUCAGGCAAAGGCAUCCAUGCUCCGCAAUUUACUCUCGACCCUGUUAGUUUUCAAAUGUGGCCAACUUGGAUAAAUCGUUUAAAAGGAUUUGAUGAUUGCAUUCCCUCAGGAAACAUUUGUUUUCGUUCCACAUAAUAUCCUAAACUGUACACCAUGGGAGGGGAAGGGAAUCGACUUUCAUGUCUGAAAUAUUUUGAAUUAUUUUAGCCGUUAGCGAAACAUGAGUUCAACUGAUUUUGCCGGGUCUUCUUGUGCAAGUGGCUUUGUUUUCUUUAAUGAACAGCAGCAACUUAAUUCUAAGUCAAGGUUAAUGGUUAUACUAUUUUGUCAUAUUGAAUCAAGCGUGAUAUUUUAAAGGGCAUAAUUUUAACAUUUGUGGAAUAUUAUAAAAAGUUUAAACUGAGCCUUUGUUAUAAAUACAGAAGAUGUAAACUUAAACACCGAGUUGGUUUAGUGAAAGGUCCGCUUGCAGUGUGGGUUGGUGUUGCAUUAAAAUACCAGGAAGCGGGAAGACGCCUUUGCUGUGUUUAAAUGUUUCUGGUUUCUACCUUCAAAGUUUGUGUGUGGUCUGCAUGUGCUUUCAAAUAUAAAUUAUAAAUAUUUAAUGACAGCUAGUAAACAAGCUAAUCAUUUUUGUUUGUAGAUGAAAGGCUCUGCUAUGUCUGUUCGCAAGGACGAUAACCUCUCUGAUUGGCAGAUUGUAAAUUUAGAAUUUAACCCCAAACAUGGUGCAGAUCAUUUGUUGGUCCACUUCUUAUUGCUGAAUUGCCUCAUUGUAAAGAGGAGCAAUCCCGGGCACUUGUUCAGGAUGCGAAAAGUAUGAAAAUGGAUUUGGAACAGAUUGAGAAGGUGGGUUAGUUGCUUUCCACGGGCAAGGGAAUUUUCGGAAGGUUUGUAGUUUUCCUCACCUGAUGCUCUUUGGCUAUGGUCCCUUAUCCUUGUUGCCUAUCUCGACUCCAAAUGUAUACAAUGUACUUAAUCUUCAACACAAACAGGAAUAGCCCAGAAGGUGCCGCCUCUUGAGAUCACCCGCCCUGUUACAGCUGCUCCAGCUGUAAGCCAGCAGUGUUCCUUUAAAUCUCCAUUUCCAGAACAGUGGGCUACUCGCAACCAAAACCCAAGUUGCCCACCAUUUCCAAGUGCCGAGCAGAAGGAGCUGGCCCCUUCUUAUUUGCACUAAGGUGACUAGGUUGUAAUGUUUGUGCUUCCAAAACGAUAUAAAUAAACAAUUCUCCCGAAAUCUCCUUUCCGCCCAACUUUCCUACUAUCUACAAAGCUGAAUGGCCCGAGGCUGGGACUUGCUGCCUUCUCUUUGAUGCCUGCAUAACCAUGCCAAAGAAGGAAUUUCAUUUUGAAGUGGCAAUAAGCUGAUGGGAGUGCUUUUCAGCUGUUUGACAGUGCAAUUACACACAUUUCAACUGAUACGCUUCAUUCAGAUAACAUCGCCCUGCUAUUACAAAAUCUGGAAUGGUAAUUGUCUGGUAGCUCAUUACCCUAACACUCAAUUCUCUGAGGUACAUGGAAAGCAAGCACACAUUCAUUAAAACGCUUCAGGAAAUGAAGCUAGGGCCUUCCUACAUAUGUGCAUAGCUCUCUAGACAUCUUAGCGCCAUAAGAAAACGUUUGAAGCUAUUAACUGAUUGUAACAUUACACUUCUGUAUUUGAGCUUUGGCCUUCUUACUAGUCUCAUUUUCUUCUGGUCGUCUCUAUGGAAGUGUGCACGCCCAAACCUUAUCAUCAGUUUGUAAAUCAUUUUAGUUUCAAAAUCGUUUCUUUGUUCCAAUUCGAUACCAUUCAACAGGCUGCAACACGCAGAAAGUUUGGCUCAUUUCAAACAGACGUUAGACUUCUACGCGAAAUAUUUGUAUUAUCAUAUAUUAGAUGGACAGAAUUGGUAUGUACAUAUUGAAGUUGACUACUAUGGUUUACUUCGUAUAUUUUUUAUCAAAUAUAACUUAAUUUACAUACAGUAAGCAGCAACAAUCUCAUUUGUGUAAGAAUUCAUGAAUUACAGAGGAACAAGUAAUUCAUUUAGAUACCUUUCACUACUAUUUUUGCUCAAAUAGUUCAAUCAGAUCACAAUUUUUGUUUAAUUUGCAGCAAUAACAAUAGUUAUAUUUUGUUCUUGAAAUGGAGUGGCAUUUGGGUCUGUGGUUUAUCUGCAUUGUACAUGAAAUGAUAUGCAUCUGCCUAUAAUCACAACUUUUAUUCUAAAGUUAGGAGUUUCAACAUGUAUAAUACUUAAAGAUACGGUUUUGUUAUAGAGACGGCAGAAUUUGUAGUUAUAAUUUGUCAUGAGCAUAUUCUUUUUGGAAGAUAGGCAUCCAUAUAAAUUCAGCUUGGUUUGCAAUAAAUUCAGUGUGGGAGAUCCAUUUCCCAUUGUGGUGACCUGCAGAAUGUUCAAGAAAUUAAAGUCUGCAUGUUGUAAUUUCCUUUUGCACGUAAACAAUCACAGUAAUCGCAUCAGACACUUCAUGUUAAAAAACUCACAAAUAUUUAUUAAAUAUUCACCUGUAUAAAUUGAUGU